GAUUGCUUUUAUUUAGGAAGGGAAUUGCGUUUUGUAUAGGUCCUGCUUCAUCGGUUAUGGAUUGCAAGGAGCUCAAUUUGAACGAAGAUUGUGGUGCCUGUGGUAGCGGGGUAAAAAAUGGAGGAGAUGCGUUUAUAGACAGGAGCAAAGUGAGGAUUUUGCUGUGCGAUAAUGAUUCAAAAAGUUCAGAAGAGGUUUUCAAGCUUCUUUUGAAAUGUUCCUACCAGGUCAUUUCCGUGAGCUCAGCUAGACAGGUCAUCGAUGCUUUGAAUGCGGAGGGACCUGAAAUUGAUAUUAUACUCUCAGAAGUUGACCUGCCGAUGGCCAAAGGUAUGAAAAUGUUGAAGUAUAUCACCCGGGAUAAAGAGCUCCGGCGCAUUCCUGUUAUCAGUAAGUUCUGGUUAACUGCCGAUUCAUCACACUGUUAAUAUUUCUAAAUUAAUAGAAUGAUCUGAUUCUUCUCUGUUUGUUUUUUUUUUUUUUU